AUGAAACCCUCAAAGGCAUCCCAGCGCUACAGAAGCAUCCGGAGAAAUGCCAACCUCUACCAGGAGUCUCUCUUCCUCAGCAACUUGGAUGACAGCUUCAAUGCUGACGAAGCAGGAGACAGCCACGAUCCGGAACAGAUCUUCCAGAAUAUACAGUUCCAGAAGGACCUCAUGGCAAACAUCCGCUGCAGACCCUGGCCCAUGGGACAGAAGUUGAGAGCACUGAGACGAGCGAAGGAGAUAGUGCUGAAAUUUGAAGGGAGACUGACCAGGACCCGCGGUUACCAGGCAGCAGGCGCAGAGCUCUGGCGGAAAUUUGCUCGUCUGGCCUGUAACUUCGUGGUCAUCUUCAUCCCCUGGGAAAUGAGGAUAAAGAAAAUUGAGAGUCAUUUUGGAUCUGGUGUUGCCUCCUAUUUUAUAUUCUUGAGAUGGUUAUUUGGAAUUAACAUCAUGCUCACCGUCAUGACCAGCGCUUUUAUUGUCAUUCCAGAGCUGAUUGCAGGCCAGCCCUUUGGGAGCACUGCUAGCAAGACCGUCCCCAAGGAACACAUUGCAUCUGCCCAAGACCUGGACACCGUCUGGUCCCUGGGGGGCUACCUCCAGUACUCAGUCCUCUUCUAUGGCUACUACGGCAGGGAGAGGAGGAUCGGCAGAGCUGGCUAUCGGCUGCCUCUGGCAUAUUUCCUGGUGGGGAUGGCCGUGUUUGCUUACAGCUUCAUCAUUCUUUUAAGAAAGAUGGCAAAGAACUCCCGUACAAGCCUCGCCAGUGCCUCUCAUGAAAACUACACGUUCUGCUGGCGCGUGUUUUGUGCCUGGGAUUACCUCAUUGGAAACCCAGAGGCUGCAGAGAGCAAAACGGCAGCCAUUGUGAACAGCAUCCGGGAGGCUAUACUGGAAGAGCAGGAGAAGAAGAAAAGCAAAAACCUGGCGGUGACCAUCUGUCUGAGGAUCAUUGCCAACAUCUUGGUGCUUCUCUCACUUGCUGGGAGCAUCUAUCUCAUCUACUUUGUGGUGGACCGGUCCCAGAAGCUGGAACAGUCCAAGAAGGAGCUGACACUCUGGGAAAAGAAUGAGGUGAGUGUAGUGGUCUCCCUGGUUACCAUGCUGGCACCAUCUGCCUUUGACCUCAUCGCUGCCUUGGAGAUGUACCACCCUCGGACCUCUCUGCGCUUCCAAUUGGCAAGGGUCCUUGUGCUGUACCUGGGCAAUCUCUACAGUUUGAUCAUCGCUCUCCUGGACAAAGUGAACAGCAUGAGUAUUUUGGAAGCUGCCACCAAAAACAAUACAAAUAACCGACCAGACUCCACCACCUUCUUUGCCACGCGGACCACUUCAGUGGAGGAGCAAUGGUCCUCACUUCAGCCAGGGAUGGGGCUGAGGAAAAACAGCACAUGGGCUUUGGAAGAAGCCAGCACCCCAACUCUCCCCAUGCCUUUCACACCGACCAACAGGACCUCUCUCCAUCACCAGUGGCCCCAAGACCAGUGCUGGGAAACAUACGUCGGGCAGGAGUUGCUGAAGCUGUCCAUCAUUGACAUGCUGUUCACCGUGGCCAGCAUUCUGCUCAUCGACUUCUUCCGGGGCCUUUUCGUUCGGUAUUUAAGUGACUACUGGUGUUGGGACCUGGAAAGCACUUUUCCGGAAUAUGGGGAAUUCAAAAUAGCAGAGAAUGUGCUGCAUCUAGUCUACAAUCAAGGGAUGAUCUGGAUGGGGGCCUUCUUCUCCCCGUGCCUCCCAGCAUUCAACGUUCUCAAACUGAUUGGGCUCAUGUAUCUGAGGAGCUGGGCUGUGCUGACCUGCAACGUGCCCCAUCAGCAAGUAUUUCGAGCAUCCAGAUCCAACAACUUCUACUUGUCGAUGCUCUUGUUUAUGCUGUUCCUUUGCAUGUUGCCUACGAUCUUCGCAAUUGUCCGGUACAAGCCAUCCCUAAACUGUGGGCCAUUCAGUGGACAAGAGAAGAUUUAUGACAUCGUGUCAGAAACGAUUGCAAAUGACUUCCCCGUGUGGUUCAACCGCGUGGUUGGCUAUAUCAGCAGCCCUGUGGUGAUCCUGCCGGCUCUGCUGCUGCUUUUGUACCUGUAUGGCCCAAGUGAAAGCAUGGGUGACAUUCCCAAGAGCAGAUCCUGCCCACCUGUGACACUUAAAAAGCACUUGGAAGAUGUUCACUCUGAAUCUCUUUUCCAAAAAGCCUUUCAGAAAGGAAACCCUCCUCUCCCCAGACCAGGGGCCUCCGUGUUAGCGGCUCAUGGGCGCCGGCCACAGGCCCCCAGAUAUGAUCUCAUCCGAGAGCAGAAAGCUCACAAAAACUUCUGGCCAGAGCGACGUUUCAAAAUCAAUGCCUCAGGUGACAUUGUGGAGCUCUACCCCAGGAACACAAGACCCUGUGUGCCCUCGGGCCCCCGGCAGGCUCUGUCUCCACAGCUGAGUGACGAGGAGGAGAUCCUUGGGAGAGACUGGACCAGGCAGGCUUUUCAUCCACGUUCCCUUACAGACCUCCACUGGGCUCCCCAUUUUUAUGUUGGUGACAGGACAGUGGGUCAGAGCCUAGCACCUGAGGACCUGAGAAGGAAGCAUUGCAAGUCUUGGAAUGAUGGCUUUGAGGAUCAAUUGGCCCAUCCAGUGUAUGUGCCUAAAAAGCCCCGCUCUCGGUAUGUCCAGUACCCACAGCCCCCUCUGAAGCCCAGAGCUAAGCCCCAAUUUGAGCCACCUCUCACAGAAUCUGAUUCCAUGUCGGUAGCAUCUAGUAGUGACCAGGAGCACAGCAGCACUGACCAGUAUCUGCAAGUCGUCCACAGCCACGCCAAGAACCCCAGGCCUGUGGGUCAGCGUGGCAGGAGGAAGGCCAAAUCUGGACAGGAGCUGACCACAGACCUGAAUGACCUGAUUUGUUCCAAUGUUUAG